CGACUUCACUCACUGUCUCAAGCAUAGCGGUUCCUCUCCUUUGCUUCCUUUGCCUAGGUUCUUUGACUUGAUAUCCCACGUUCCUUUGACGACUCAGACUAUCCUUCAGAUAUAUCUCCUCUUUAAAAGUUCAACUCCUCACUCACUGCUAUCCUCCUUACGACAUCCAUAGAGCAAACCUGCUGGUACAGGACGCUACGUGACUUGCUCCCCACGACUGAACGACUCUUUCCUCAGAUUUUUCUACCUCUACCAAAUAUAUCCGCGAAAAUGCCCGCGCAUGGUGCCCUCGGUGCAACAUUUCUCAUCGCCCGAAUCAUCCAGACCUGUUCGCUCAUCGCCAUCAUCGGCCUAACCGCAAACUUCAUCGCCGAAAUCGUGCGCUACGAUGCGAAACCGCCGGGAAUCUUCAUCGGAACAAUCACCGUUACAUCCAUCUCAGCUAUUUACACAAUAAUCACGUCUAUCCUCUACAUCGAUGAUAUCCUCCCUUUCCUCGCGUCCGGAAUCCUGGAUUCACUUCUGCUGAUUGCAGUCAUCGUCGUCGCAGUGAUCAUCGGCAAGCCGCUCUCGUACCUCGAGUGCGGUGAGAUUGGUGACAUCCUGUCCGGCGGCAACAGUGACGACGGAUCCUCAGCAUACACCUUCGCCACGCAUCUAAGCUCAUACCUGGGCCAUCUUAGCGGCUCAGUGGAUUACGAUAGCUGGGUUGGGGCGAGUAAGGGGGUUUGUGUUGAGGCGAAGAGUAUCUGGGGGUUGAGCAUUGCUAUGUGUGUGCUGCGCUUGUCUAUGGAGGCAAAGAAGGGCUGCUUUGGUCGGUGGUAA